GGGCCGUGUGCGGGGGCCGGGCACAGAGCAUCGCUCGGGCUCGGUGCCGCCGCCGGCUCCGUCCCCGCUCCCGCGCCGCCUCCGCCGCCGGCAGCCCCUUCCCGCCCGCGGACAUGUCGUCGCCGUCGUCCGGAGAGCGGUACGAGGAGGAAGAGGAGGAGGAGGAGGAAGACGGCGCCUACGAGAGCCAGGCCAAGCGGCUGAAGCCCAGCGCCGCUGCCGAGGAAGGCGAGAUCGAGUACAGCGGCGCGGAGGAGAGCGAGGGCCGGCGGGACAAGCCCCCGGCAUCGCGCGGCGGCGGCGGCGGCUUCUCGGGCGGGGAUGCUGGGGGAAGUCAUCACAAAGUCUCUGUUUCUCCUGUCGUCCAUGUGCGAGGGCUGUGUGAAUCUGUCGUGGAAGCAGAUCUCGUGGAAGCUCUUGAGAAGUUUGGAACCAUAUGCUAUGUCAUGAUGAUGCCGUUCAAGCGCCAGGCUCUGGUGGAGUUUGAAAACGUGGAGAGUGCAAAGAAAUGUGUGACCUUUGCAGCAGAUGAGCCUGUGUACAUUGCUGGGCAGCAGGCCUUCUUCAACUACUCCACAAGCAAGAGGAUCACUCGGCCAGGGAACACCGAUGACCCAUCUGGUGGGAAUAAAGUUCUCCUCUUGUCAAUUCAGAAUCCUCUCUACCCAAUUACAGUGGAUGUUUUGUACACUGUGUGCAACCCUGUUGGAAAAGUUCAGCGCAUUGUUAUAUUCAAGAGAAAUGGAAUACAAGCCAUGGUUGAAUUUGAAUCAGUGUUUUGUGCCCAGAAGGCGAAGGCUGCACUCAAUGGAGCAGAUAUCUAUGCAGGAUGCUGCACACUAAAAAUUGAAUAUGCAAGGCCAACUCGACUUAAUGUCAUUAGGAACGACAACGAUAGCUGGGACUACACUAAGCCAUAUCUGGGCCGCCGAGACAGAGGGAAGGGCCGGCAGAGACAAGCUAUUUUGGGAGAGCACCCAUCAUCCUUUAGACAUGAUGGCUAUGGCUCCCAUGGUCCUUUGCUGCCCUUGCCAAGCCGGUACCGGAUGGGGUCUCGGGACACUCCAGAACUCGUGGCUUAUCCGUUGCCUCAGGCAUCCUCCUCUUACAUGCACGGGGGAAAUCCUUCUGGGUCAGUUGUCAUGGUUAGUGGGUUGCAUCAGCUCAAGAUGAACUGCUCAAGGGUAUUCAACCUGUUCUGCUUGUAUGGAAACAUUGAGAAGGUGAAAUUUAUGAAGACUAUUCCAGGCACAGCACUGGUUGAAAUGGGUGAUGAAUACGCUGUAGAAAGAGCGGUCACACAUCUCAAUAAUGUCAAGCUGUUUGGAAAGAGACUCAAUGUCUGUGUUUCCAAGCAGCACUCAGUAGUUCCAAGCCAGAUAUUUGAACUGGAGGAUGGCACGAGUAGUUACAAGGAUUUUGCCAUGAGUAAGAAUAAUCGCUUCACCAGUGCUGGCCAAGCAUCCAAGAACAUCAUCCAGCCACCCUCCUGUGUGCUGCAUUAUUACAAUGUUCCCCUGUGUGUGACUGAGGAAACAUUUGUAAAGUUAUGUGAGGAUCAUGAAGUUCUCAGCUUUAUUAAAUACAAAGUGUUUGACCCAAAACCUUCUGCCAAAACACUGUCUGGUCUGUUGGAAUGGGAAUGUAAGACAGAUGCAGUGGAAGCUCUCACUGUACUUAAUCACUACCAGAUAAGAGUCCCAAAUGGCUCCAACCCUUACACCUUGAAGCUUUGCUUCUCUACUUCAUCCCAUUUAUAGAGAAGAGGACAGCAUGUUAAGAGCUACGUUCACCUGGAUUUGCAAGUUAAAAACUACACUUCGUUCACAAAGCUCUAAAGUGGUUGUUCUAAUGUUGCCUUGUUUCAACUUAAUUCUAAUAUCUUUUAUCUUGUUUUAUAAUAAAUGGAUGUUCCUUCAUAAAUACAAACCAGAUUUUUUUUAUUUUUGCCUCUGAGAAGUACAUGUUGUAAGCUUACUACAAAGUUUGUAUUUUGUUAGUGUAGUAUCUUCAAAUGUCUAAAGAAGCACCAGUAGGAUAAACAAGAUUGUUUCUUUUCAAAAAAUAAAAUAUAUUUGCAUUUUCAAGAUGUUAAAGAUUAGCAAGUAUUUUUCCAUUUGUAGUCUUAAUUGGCAGAUAGAACUAUUAUAGCAGAAUUUUAAAUGUAGAACUUGUUUUUCAGUAUGUUAAGUAGUGAAGUAUGUUGCAAUACUAAAAAGAAGCUUGUAUUUAUAAAAUGCUUUGAUUGGGUUAAUGUUGCACAUACUGAACUUUUAGUAGUACAGACUUGAUUUAUAGUUUCAAACAGAGCUAAUGUAGAAAAUUAAGUAUGUACAUGUGUAUGGUAUGAAUUCAUACUUAUUUAAAGUGGUUUUGGUUUUUUUUUAAUCCUAUUUUCCAUUUGCAUUAGCAUGAUGCCAUCUACAGCUAGUCCCACCGUAGGGGCCUUUUAAAAAUUAAAAUUGCAAGCCUGUAUCAAUGUGUUCAUCCUCAUUUUCCAUGAUUUAAACUUAAAUCUUUGGUGUUUAACAUA